GCUCAACCGAACACAAUCUUCAGGAUGGACCACCUCACGACCACAUCGGGCAGUGUGUACACACUUCAGCAGCAGUUCCAGUCGCGGGACGUGCUUCUCGAUGGUAAAUCCCUGCGCAUCCAUCACAUGGCCAAGCACAUCCAUCCUGCCAUCGACGGCGAUGUGCCUGUGAAGAACCCAUGGAAUAAGAAGGUUUCCAUGUCGAUUGUCGACACCAAGACGUACAUCCCAUACACCGGCCAAGCUCAGUCCACUUCCACAUCCGACACGUUUAUCCUGCACAACUUCGGCGACUACCUCUUUCUGUAUCCGUUUGACAACAUGCAGACUCCUGUGGACAUCAUGCGCUUCUCACAUGCCCCAAUAUGCCAUGACUUCCGAGUCCCGAUGCUGUCAGUGCAGCCCACGAAUUUGGUCUUGGCGUUGCUGUCCAAUGACGUUCUUGUGUUUGAUCCACUGCAUGGGCUGGACACUUUUUCCCACCACAACCGCAAUGGCGCGGUGUGCUGCAGCCCCAUCACAACCACGAAAUGGGUACAACAAAGUCACACCGAGUUUGUCGUGGCCCACGAGAAUGGAGCCAUCUACGUGUACGACCACACGUUCCCAGACGAGUCGUCCGAGUUCAUGGACGUGGAGCAGCCGGAAGGAGAGUUCACUUUACUGUUGCAACGAGAAGACCGAACCAACCCCGUGGCGUGCUGGCACGUGUCGACGCAAGCGAUCUACGAUGUGUCGUUUUCGCCCAACGGCAAGUACCUCGCAUGUGUUGGCAAAACCGGGGCCUUGAUUGUGUUUCAAUACCACAUGCAGCGGAAGAUCGCCAUGAUGCAAAGUCACUUUGGCGCCCUCACGUGCUUGGCGUGGAGUCCCAACAGUCUGUACAUAUUGGUCUGUCUAUUGAAUCUUUUGUGAUAUACCAUCCUUCAUGCAUGCGGCCUUGCGUCCUUCGGUAGACUGGCGGCCAAGACGACGUGGUGACGGUGUGGAGCUUGCAGCAUAAUACGGCCCUUGCGCGGUGCGAAGGCCACAACUCUUGGGUAACCAGCGUCGCAUUUGAUCCGUGGUUUUCAUCGCACACGGCUGUGCGAUUUGGGUCGGUGGGUGAAGACGGGGUCUUGUGUCUGUGGGACUUGACCAUUCCCCAAGACGACGCCAAGCUCUACGACGUGGCGCCCGUGCUUUGUGCCAAAGUAGCGCCACAUCCACUGACCCACAUCGUGUUCCACGCGACGUCCAUCGCUGUGACGGGGCGAGAUGGGUCGCUUCUCAUGUACUCCCGGCCUGCGUCCGACGUCUUGCCGGCCACCGACUUGGCUCAGAUCGUGCCAUCGUAUGCGUUCUAGUAGCAAGUUUUUUGCACUUUUGAAUAAGACAACACACCACGUCACUUAACAAUAAUGCCUCGAAAUUGCAUCGAAUCACGUGGGCACGGUCGAUGGUCGGGGCUGCGCCCG